AUGUGGUUGUGUUUAGGUACAUUUAGUGUUAUAUCAGCUCAAGAUCCUGUAGCAAAUUUGCCUAUGGGCCGGAUUGUAGGGAUUAAAGUAUUUACCGAAAAUUCACUUGUCCCCAUUGAAGUAUUUUUCGGAAUACCCUAUGCGUUGCCGCCGAUUGGAAGAUUAAGAUUUUCUAAAAACAUCCAGGAUGGAAAAGAACUUUGUUUGCACAUCGUAUGCCACCACGCUGUCCGUAUCCUAGUAAUGACACUCAAAAUUUUAACGAAGACUGCCUCUAUCUCAACAUAUGGACUCCACGGGGGCGGAAUAACUCUACCUUGUCAGGAUUUAGCUUCAGACGGGCUCGUUGUUGUUACUGUGGCAUUCAGACUUAGCGUAUUUGGUUUUUUUACUUUAAAGUCAAUUUUAGCAAGGGGGAACCUUGCUCUGCUUGAUCAAUAUCUGGCUAUGGUUUGGGUUAGGGAAAAUAUUGCUGCGUUUGGAGGAGAUCCUAAUUUAAUAACAUUAGUUGGCCAUUCAAGUGGAGCAGACAGUGUUCUUUUGCAUAUAGCAUCACCACGUUCAACAGGGCUAUUCCAGCGAGCUAUAAUAAUGUCUCCAAAAAAUAUUUGGAAAUCAAUUGAAAAAGAUAAGAAUUCUACAACUCAGAAAAUCGUGCAAUUAUCAGAAUCCAUAACAGAAUCACUGGGUUGUUUAGAAGAAACAAUUCAGAAAAGUUUACAGUGCUUGAAAUCCCGUUCCGUGGCUGAUUUCUUAGGACAAUACACGAAUAUUUGGACGGAAUUAUUUGAGCCAAUUCCUGAUGACUUUCUACCAGGAUCUGAAAAAUAUUUACCAACAUCACUGGCAACGUCGUUUUCAUCAACCAGUACCAAAAAGAUUAAUCUCGAUGUAUUAAUGGGAACUACUAAUCUAGAGGCCAUUGAUUUGGGUGCGACAAAUGGUGCUGAAUUAUUAGCCUUGCUGGGAGAUGCUCUCAUGCUCCAAGCAGCACGUCGUCCGUUGUCACAGAUCGAAAAAAGAGUAUCGUUGAAAUUUCGAAGCUUUAUUUCAAAUUUUGCCAAAUUCGGAUCUCCAGAUAAUGAAAGGGAAUGGCCACGAUAUAUGGUAGGUGAUUCGUACAUACAUGAGAUUUGCGACGUGGAUGUGAUUUGUAACCAAUUCAAGACGGGUAGGGAAAUUGCGUUUUGGCUACAGUACCUGCCACGUCUUUCAAAUACACUUUCAAUUAAAGGACAGGCAGAAAAAAUAACGUCGUCAGAUGGUAACUCUUUGCAUAUUUAG